AUGACAAUUCCAGGAAUCAAAUAUCCUGCUGUUCCGUAUGGCAGUUUCGUUGUUAUCUCCGGUGUUAGCGACUUCAUUGGCUCCCACGUUGCAGACCAGGCCCUUGCUGCAGGUUACAAGUUCAAGACGAAGUAUGGCCCAAACAACUUCGAGUUGAUCGAGGUACCAGACAUGGCAGCCGAAGGCGCCUUUGACAAGGCUGCCAGAGGUGCUACCGGCUUCGUCCAUGUUGCACAGGACAUGGCAGGCUCUGCUGACCCUAGCGUCGUGGUGCCUAGAGCAGUCAAUGGUGUUCUCAAUGCGCUAAAAGCGGCCGCAAACGAGCCUCUCAUGAAGCGCUUUGUAUACACGUCCUCGUCUUUUGCGGUGACCUUUCCCAAACCGGGCAGAAGGUUCACCGUCACCGCAGCUAUGUUCAACGACGAAGCUGUGGAACGAGCCUGGGGACCCAAUCCUGAAGAUUCUGCUGUGUAUGCUUGCAGCAAAGUCGAAGCAGAGCGUGCUAUCUCGAAAUGGGUCGAGGACCAUAAGCCCUCCUUAGUCGUCAACACAAUCCAGCCUAAUGCCAAUAUUGGUCCAAUAAUCAGCUACGCCAACCAGGGGUACCCGACAUCGUCACAAUGGGUGAAAGCACUUUGGAACAUGGACUAUGAGUCACUUAAGCGCGCCCCUGCGCAGCACUUUAUCAACGUGCAGGACGAUGCGCGUCUGCAUAUUAUUGCAUUGGCUAAUCCGGCGGUACAAGGCGAACGCAUCUUCGCUAUCGCUGGGCCUGUCAACCACAACGAUAUCAUCAAGAUAUUGCGCAAGAAUUAUCCGCAAAGACAGUGGGAAGACUUUCCAGACAAUGAACAAGAUCUGAGUGUCAUUGAGCCGAUGAAGAGAGCCGAGGAGCUUCUGCAAGAGGCGUACGAGAUGGGAUUUAUUAGUUUAGAGGAGAGUGUAAAAGCAAACGCUGCGGGCCUAGUUGAGGGUUAA